AUGUUUCGCAUCAUUUCUUUUACCACGCUGUUUGGCAUAACAUCAGUACAACAAUAUAUCGCAAACUUUCCGGGGUCACUACAGCUACACUAUGCAGAAAAAUGAUCGCAUUUGCGCGGAGUUGGGAGAUGCCAUCUAUCUUCGUUUGCACAAAUGAGCGGAACAAAACAGUAACACAAACACUGCUACGGCAGCUGCCUCGCUUCUCUCUCAUCGUGUAAUAUUAGUGUUUGAUCGUGAUCUUGUCUGCACACAGUCUGAUCCAGAGACUUCCACAUACACACAAUCACGCACACGCUACAGAGCCAAGUGCGCGCGCACAGGUUCUCACGCACAGCGCAGUGAGCGAGAACGCAGCGGCGUUUGAUGCACUGUAACGUUAGGCUAGUUCAGUAGUAGGGUAAUGCAAUACUUUAUUUCACAUUUUCUGUAGCAACUUUUGCUUUCAUAUGUCUACAGUUUAUUUUCAUUCAAAAUGAGAAGGAAUCAUCUCGUCCUAGAUUAAGUGUUCAACAUACAGAAACCAAAAGUUUAUAAGACCCAAAAGUGUUAUUCUGGGGCGCACACAAGUCUGGAGUUCAGCAUCUAAAGCAUGGCUUUGAACACUGAUGCUACUGUUCCCACUGCUGCCUCUGGUGCAGUAGAGGAGGAACCAGAACAGCAACAACCAGAGCAAGAGACCAAUCAGCAACCGGGCACAGAGUCAGACCACGCCCCCAACUCCUCUGAGCCAGUCAAGAGUGAACAGCAAGACCCAGCCUCUGUACCAAUACCUUCUCCUGCAUUAGACUCCUCACCUUCAAACGAUGCCCUAAGUAAAGAUCUUCUGACAGUCAUUGAUGAAAAUAUGGAAACAAGCAAUGGGGUUUGCCCAGCUGUUGUCUGCAAUUCUCAACCCACCUCUUCUUCUCCACGUCAGCAGCCUGCCAAGCCUAACCAAGGGUACUCAAACGGUCGCACUAGGCUGAGCAGUCGUUCUGGAUCUAUGAGUCUCGCAGGGUCACCACGGCCGUCCCUUACCCGACAGCCCAGCGCAGCCACUGAUCCAGGACUUGAUGGCUCCAAACCCAAUGAUUAUCUGGUCUGGGCUAUUCUGGCCUGCCUUUGCCCGGUCUGGCCAAUCAACAUUGUGGGCUUGGUCUUUUCAGUGAUGUCUCGUAACAGUCUACAGCAGGGGAACGUGGAUGGCGCGCGUCGUCUUGGCCGUAACGCAAAGAUCCUGUCGAUCGUGUCAUUGGUGGGCGGGAUAAUCAUCAUUAUUGUUACUAUUGUCAUCAACUGGGGUGUCAUACUGAAGACCUGAUGGUCAUCAAGAUCCUCCGGAUUAAGAAAACUACACAAUCCACAACCAAUCCAUGAUGACCAUUUUCUUCAUCUUCCUCCCGUCGUGCAUUUUUUGCAUCGCCCAAGCUCCUAAAUGCUUUACAGUUUCCGACUCAAGACUCUGGAUGUUACUUUCAUCUUAUAUCGUGCCAGAACUAUCUUGAAAAACAUGAACUUCUCAGCUUCUUGAAUGAUCCAGGAUCACAACCGAAACAACAAGGCCUGCAUGUUUUUUUCUCUCAAAGGACUCAUCAUUUUAGAUGAUGUCAGAGUGGAGACCACCAGGAUGAUCUCAUUUUAUUAGUCAAGUAGCCCUUGAGGAGAAGAUGGAAGGAUGAGGGACACGUUGGGGGUUGGUUUUUGAGCUUAGCAGUAGUAUGAGAUUAGUUUAUGUUUCCUUAGUGAUAAAAAAUGCUUAGAUUAAAAUGUAACUGGUUAUACAAGGACUAAAACAGCUUCAGAUUUGAAAAAAAGACUUUAAAACCUAAGCUGAGAGGUAAGUGAGAAGAGAUGUCUCUUUUUUCUCUCUCUCUCCCUCCACUGAGAAAGAGGGAGGGGUUGAAGCAUAGAUGCAGUCUUUUGUUUCACACACAUGAAGGGAUGGAGACAGAGAGAGAGAAAGAGAGAGAUAAGGAAAGCAGUACAAGGAUCCCAGCUCGUUCUGAUUGGCUGCUUGCCUGUGGGUAAGGAAACCGAUAUCUUAAUGCUCGCUAGCAUGCCCUCCCCUCUUCUUUGCAGCUAUAUAGUCUCAGCCGGUUCCUUCCAGACAAACGGAAAGCAAACCAUUCGUUUAUUAUUGUGUUUGAGCAGUGUGGGUGUGCGGCCAUGUUUGUGGGCAAAAUGUCAAUCCAGACUGUUUUGAAAGCAGUCGUGUUUUUAUACCACAAUGUUUACAAUAUAUCCUCUGUAAGUAGUAAUUUUGACUUUGACGAAUCAUGUUACAAAGCCAAAUGAUUUGUUUUGCUGAACGACUGAAACCUAAAUCAUUCCUAGUCAGGCCACAUCGACUGUGCCAAAAUCCAGAUUUUGCCAAGAGUCCACACGACAGCUUUUUUCCCUGGCUUAGAUGGGCAUGUUUAUGAUAGAGACAGGACACGAGGGGACAAAUAUAUGACUUUAUUCAAGAAAUUGGCACAAUACGUCCACAGUCGUCGUUGAGAGAUUUGGCUGAUGUUCAUAGGUUUAGGUCUCUUGCAUGCAAAUUAUUCACUGUAAAAAAAGAUUUGUUACUUCAACUUAAAAAUUAAGUGUUGUUAUAAAUAUUAGUCUCAAACUUUAACUCAAAAAAAAACUGUUGAGUCAACGUAUAUUUUUAAGCUUAAUUCAUGCAAAUUUGAGAGAUUUUAAAUUGAAACAACAAAUCUUUUACUGAUGUUUACAGAUUUUUGAUGUAGACGAAGGCGCUUCUGAAAUGAGUAAUCUUAUUUUUUUUUAAGUGAAAGCUUUGUUGUGUAGCACUCUGUAAAUGUUGCUUAAAGGAACAGUAUGUAGGAUUGUGGCCAAAACUGGUAUUGCAAUCACAAAACGUGUGGCUAAAACUGGUACUGCAAUCACACAGCUGGUGGCCAAUAUACCAAACGACAACAUAAACAUCAGUUGAGGGCUGCAACUCCACUUUUUAAAUGAGAAUAUCCUGGCCGGACCGCUGUUGUGAGUGAUAUAAAAAUUUGAAAUGAAAAUGAUUUCUUAAUGUCUAGUGACAUUUUAGGGCCAUUUAAUGAUUAAUUGAUAUAAAUUUCUUACAUACUGUUCCUUUAACUAAAGCAACUGAUUCAGUGUGACGGACAGUUAGAUGAUGACACCCACUUUUGGGCUUCGGCUUGUGUGAAAAUGAGGGGCUAAAAUCGUUUUUUUUUUUUAUGCAUUUUAUUCCUGAUCAUUCCACAUCCCGCCACCUAAAUGUAAAUGAGCGUAGCAUGCACAUUUUUUAUUAGCACUAAUACGAACUGCGUGCAGUCUGUGAAUGCCAGCUUGACUUCUGUUCUUGAAUUGCUCUGCUCCGCUAUUUAUAGGCUAUUUAAUCUCAUACAUAUGUAUGUAUAUACGUGUCUGUACAUAUUUGUACUGCUUCUGCUAAUCCGAAUGUCUACUGUGGACAUGAACAGUAUUCGUAAUGCAAAUCUUGACUGUUAACACUACAGUGCUUUCAAGAGCUUUUUCACGCAAGUAUUUUGUAUCAGUAUGCAAACUCUGCGUAAAAAGUAUAUGGUGAGAAUUUGCUUUUUGCUGGUAUGUUUUUGGGAAUCCUAAAUGCAUGUAGCCUAAACACUGCAUGUGUUCCUAUGCUGCACAUUGUAAAAAUGUUUCGAAGACACCAGCCGAGUUUGAUUCUCUGAGUUACAAGUUUUACCUGCUGUUAAAACAAUCUAUUUUAUUCAUAUGAAAUAAAUGAUUUAAUUCUCUUCGUGUUUAUAGCCUCACAAAUUCAAGAGCACCUGUGCUAGUCAAAACUUUGGUCAGCUAAAUAGUUUUCUUGAGAUUUGUCAUAAGAGACGUUAUGAUAUAUAAUAAUCCUGAUUUUGUGCAGAUUUGCCUGUGCAUGCCUUAAUGAAUUGCUGAAUUGUGAUGUAGGCUACACUGUAUCUGAACCAAAGCAUUUGAUAGACCUUGCAGUAUCGAUCCAUAUUCUGCUCUGUACCGACACUGAGUAUGCAUUAAUGAGCCCAGUAAUAAACUGUUCCUCAUU